UAUGUUAUACAUAAGUUCUACAGUAUAAGAUUCGUCAGAUAAAAGUUAGUUAAUUAACAGUUUAAACAGUUAAGCCCAAAUCUCUUACAAGGGGAAUAAACAAAGAAGCCCAAGUCUUCAGACAAGGCCCGUUAAUGAAACCCUAAACUCAAAAAGACAUAUAAAUAAGCUAUCUUUAUUCAUUUCGUAAGUUCGGCGGCUUCUAUCAGUUUCACUUGUUCGCACGGGAAAAAAUGCCGGCAGGACAUGGAGUUCGUGCUAGAACAAGAGAUCUGUUCGCGAGGGGGUUCAGGAAGAAGGGUACAAUUCCACUGUCCACCUACCUAAGGACCUUCAAGGUCGGCGAAUACGUCGAUGUCAAAGUGAACGGUGCGAUACACAAGGGUAUGCCUCACAAGUUCUACCACGGUCGUACUGGUCGCGUCUGGAACGUUACCAAACGUGCCGUUGGUGUCGAAGUCAACAAACAGAUUGGAAACAGGAUCUUAAAGAAGAGGCUUCAUGUGCGUGUGGAGCACGUGCAGCAGUCUAGAUGCGCGGAAGAGUUCAAACUGAGGAUAAGGAAGAACGAUGAGCUCAAAGCUGCUGCUAAAGCAAGAGGCGAGACAAUAAGCACCAAGAGGCAGCCUAAAGGACCCAAACCAGGAUUCAUGGUUGAAGGUAUGACCUUGGAGACAGUCACUCCUAUCCCCUACGACGUCGUCAACGAUCUCAAGGGAGGCUAUUAGUUCUUUUCUACUUUCUCUCCUGUUCUUGCUGUGUGUUUUGGAACUCUGCAUUUGUAGCCACUUGAACUAAAGAAUAUGAUUUAUAUGAGAAUUUUUUGGAGUCCA